GAUGAGAACUAGGCACCAAACUCAGCCAGGUGUAAGAGCAGCUUGAAGAUGAGGGUCUAUGUGCAGGUUUGGAGGAGCAUGGAAAAGUGUGUAAAUGCUGUUUAAGACCUCAGGCGCCUGUCUUUAUCUAACUGUUUCUGUUGCUAGAUUUUCAACAAAUUUAAGAAGCUCAUACCCCAUUCAAUGCAUGAACCAGCUCUUCGGAAACGUUCCACUUCAGCCUCGGACAAGAACCAUACACUUCUCAAUAAGACAGCUGUCCAUCCAGACGCAAGACACACCAAACCCGAGAAGCUUGAAGUUUAUUCCUGGUAAACCUGUGCUUGGAAGUGGCACACUUGACUUUCCCUCUUCGGACUCUGCUGGAUGUUCGUCUUUAGCCAGGGACCUGUUUGAGAUUGAAGGUGUAAAAAGUGUGUUUUUUGGCCCUGACUUUAUAACAGUCACUAAGGAAGAUGAAGACAUUGAAUGGACAGACAUUAAGCGCCAUGCUUUGCAGGCUAUUGCUAAGUUCCUUGAGAGUGGAGACCCCAUAACAACAGGGGCAGUGCACCAUGAAAGCAGUGUUUCAGAAGAUGAUGAUGAUGUUGUAUUAAUGAUAAAGGAACUUCUGGACACCAGAAUCAGACCUACAGUGCAGGAGGAUGGAGGUGACGUCCUCUAUAAGGGGUUUGAGGAUGGCACGGUCAAGCUAAAGCUGGUGGGAUCCUGUACAGGCUGUCCCAGCUCCACGGUCACACUGAAGAAUGGUAUUCAAAACAUGCUUCAGUUUUAUGUCCCAGAAGUACACAAGGUAGAACAGGUGGAAGAUGAAGUAGAUGAAAUCAACGCAAAGGUUUUCUCUGAGCUGGAACGCAAAUUACAAGAAUAAAUGUCAUAGACCAUCAUAAUACAUUUUAUUGUAAGAUUU